UCCACACGCCUGCAAACACACAGGAAUUAACUUUUUUCUCGCUCACAGAAGGGGACGUAGUGGCGGUUAGGAGAUGUUUUUGCAGCAUUUGCCCAGCUAGCGACGAGCGUUCGUUCUUUCAUAACACCAGCAAGCUGCAGUCACUGUAUACUGAACUGACUUCUGACAACAAUAAACACACACCUCACAAAGACACGGGUGCUCAUUAUGGACUACGAAAGACCCAACGUAGAGACUAUCAAAUGUGUUGUAGUUGGAGAUAAUGCUGUUGGGAAGACUCGCCUUAUUUGUGCCCGGGCCUGCAACACUACCCUGACCCAGUACCAAUUGUUGGCCACACAUGUACCAACCGUAUGGGCCAUCGACCAGUAUAGAGUCUGUCAAGAGGUCUUAGAACGUUCCAGAGAUGUUGUGGAUGACGUAAGCGUGUCCCUUCGGUUAUGGGACACCUUUGGAGAUCAUCACAAAGACAGACGCUUCGCCUAUGGAAGGUCUGAUGUCGUGGUCCUCUGCUUUUCCAUCGCCAAUCCCAACUCCUUACACCAUGUUAAAACCAUGUGGUACCUCGAGAUAAAGCACUUCUGUCCACGCACACCUGUCAUCUUGGUCGGCUGCCAGCUGGACUUGCGCUAUGCUGACCUGGAGGCAGUCAAUCGAGCUAGGCGACCAUUAUCAAGGCCCAUUAAACCUGGAGACAUUUUGCCUCCGGAGAGUGGAAGGGAGGUAGCCAAAGAGCUUGGCAUCCCAUACUACGAGACCAGCGUUUUUGACCAGUUUGGUAUCAAGGAUAUCUUUGAUAAUGCCAUCCGAGCAGCUCUCAUCUCCAGACGUCACCUACAGUUCUGGAAGUCUCAUCUGAGGCGAGUCCAAAAGCCACUUCUGCAGGCACCAUUUUUGCCACCCAAAGCUCCUCCGCCACUUAUAAAGAUCCCAGAGUGUCCAGCCAAACACCGGGAUGGCCCGAAGCAGCUUCUUGAGACCCCUCUGUGUGCUGAUGUUAUGUUUAUCAUUCAGGAGCACGUCCACUUGUUUGCCCACAGAAUCUACCUGUCUACCUCAUCCUCCAAAUUCUUUGACCUCUUUCAGAUGGACUUUUCGGACGAAUCCCAGUGCUUGGUGGUAACUGAGCGUCACCGCCGGGAUCAGCUAAUGCGCACACUAAGCCUGGACACAGAAGAGGAUGUUAUGGUUCUCCCAAAUCUUUCUCCAUGCUCUCUUCGAGCAUCCAAGAGUGAUGGUACCCUCAAAAUGAUGAGUUUCAGUGGGAUGCACCGGCGCACCAGGCUUUCCCUGGCGUCUUGGAGCAAGGCUUUCUACAGCAUCCAUAAGGAGAAUGUGAUCAACCCGGUCACAGGUACGCCGGCUCUCAUGACAAUCGUAAAGAUGGAUCAUUCCAUCCACCAUGGCCCAUUCAGCGCGGUCUUACGCUUUCUCUACACCGGUGAGCUAGACGAGAAGGAGAAAGAACUGAUGAAGAUCGCUCAGAUUGCAGAGAUCUUAGAAGUGUUUGAUCUCCGGAUGAUGGUGGAGAACAUCAUGAACAACGAGGGCUUCAUGAAUCAAGAGAUCACAAAAGCGUUCCACGUGAGAAAAGCCAACAGAAUCAAAGAGUGUCUCACCAAGAAUAAUUUCACAGAUGUGGUGUUCAGGUUGGACGAUGGCACCAUUAACGCCCACAAACCACUGCUGAUCUCUAGCUGUGACUGGAUGGCUGCCUUAUUUGGGGGCUCUUUCAUGGAGAGUGCAAAUGACGAGGUCUCAUUCCCCAACACCAGCAGAGUAUGUAUGCAGGCGGUGCUGGAGUACCUCUACACCAAUCAGCUGUCGCCCAUGGCAGACCUGGACCCAAUGGAGCUGAUCGCCCUGGCCAACAGACUGUGCCUUCCACGGCUCAUCGCUCUCACAGAGCAAUACGCCGUGAGCGAGUUACUAAAAGCAUCUAAAGAUGGACAGGACAUUGACGGAGAGGUACUUACCUAUCUGGAGCUCGCUCAGUUCCAUAAUGCUAAUCAACUCGCUGCCUGGUGUUUACACCACAUCUGCACCCAUUACAACAGGAUAUGUGCCAAUUAUCGCAAAGAGAUCAAGUCCAAAUCGCCGGAAAACCAGGAAUAUUUCGAGAAGCACCGCUGGCCUCCGGUCUGGUAUCUGAAAGAGGAAGAUCACUAUCAGCGGGUGAAGAAGGAGAGAGAGAAAGAGGAUGUGGUGUUGAAUAAACAUCACUCGCGGCGGCGCUGGUGUUUCUGGAGCACGUCCCCUGCUGUCGCUUGAGUCUCUACUCUUUCUAAAAAAGCUCUCGGUUUAUUUUGAAAAGCUCUUAUUUGUUCCUUAUGUCUUCUAUUUUGCUAAGAUGAAACAGGCCACGCUAAAAGAGCAAUCAGUUUCGAAGCACAAUCUCAGCGUCCGAUCGAUGCUGGCCGACAAAUCUUGCGAAGGUGAUGUAAAAGCCUAUUCCUCAUGAUGUAAUAAUAAUUGUUUAUUAACUGAGCUGCUGUGUGGGACUUGUUUGUGUGACACUGACUGUGUUAGACGCAUAAGAAUCUUAAAAUGCUGAGAGGAUUAGGGAAUCUGUUGUGUUUUACUCUCUUUUUUUUUAACUUAGGUGCUAUAUAACGUAUAUACGCAUUAACACGUUUCAACUGUAUAAAGAUGUGGAAAGCGCUGAUUCUGAGCACAUGCCAUGCAUUUUGAAAUAUUCUCAACAUCUGCUUUUGAGCAAUUGUUGGGUCGUUUUGGUUGGCGAUUUGCACAAUCUAUGACCGAAAACGAAGAGCACUUGAGGUUAGAUUGUAAUAUAAUGGAUGUACGUUUGAUCGAUGUAAUUGUAGGAGCUUAAAGCAUUCUGGUCGAUGUAUAAACAUCACGAUAGCUGGGUCAUUCCUCUUAAAGGGAAAGUACACCCAAAACUGAAAAUUCUAUCAUUAUUUACUCUAUACAUUAUUCACUUGAUUUAAACCUGUUUGACUUUUUCUUCUGCUGAACACAAAAGAAGAUAGUUUGACCAUUGACUUUCAUAUAUUUGUUUUUCUUACUAUAGAUGGCAUUGGUUACCAGUUUUCAGCAUUUUUCAAAAUAUCUUCUUUUGUGUUCAACAGAAGAAAGAAAGUUAAACAGGUUUGGAAUCAUUUGAAGAUGAGUAAAUUGUGUGUAAACUUUCAGUUUUGGGAGAACUGGCCCUUUAAGGCCCCGAUAUACUUCAAGUUUCACUUUCAUGCGUAGCAUAAACGCAUUUGUUUGGAGUUCAUUUAAGAAAUUAAACAUGCCUCAAAGUUCACCCAAUACUAAAAA